GUUUCUACCCGGAGAACCUCAAUGCACGGACCCAAACCGGAAACGUGAAGCUCGUAAACAAAGCGCCGAUGAGCGAAUUAACGUGAAAUAUCUCCGCUGUGUUUCCACUGAAGAUGAGAAACGCAGACGAGAAGUUGAGUCAAACGCGUAAAGCUCAGAUUCUCGGAGAGUUCGUGACCGAGCGACUCGCCGCCGCCUCCCGGGAGAUCCUAGCGGCGGUGGAGAGGACCGUGUCCGGGUACGAGGAGGAGGCGGCGGGCUUCAGGCUGGAGGUGGAGCGGCAGAGGAGGCAGCUGGAGGCGCUGCUGCAGCCGCGGGUCAAGCUGCAAAGAGCCGGUGUGAAGCGACGCAGGAUCCUCAGCCACGCCGACGAAGAGGAGGCUGAGGAAGAGAAACUGGAAGAUCUGAAGAACCAAACUCCAUCAAGACCUCAGAGGAAGUCCGUCAGUCCUCAGGCCAGUGAAACCCAGAACCACGUGCACCUCAGGAUCCGCAUCCUGGACGACCCGCAGACUGAUGUUCUUUCAAAAAACGUUCUGAAGAAAUGUCCGAUGCUGAAGCUGAAGUGUCCUCGUGGUCUGGAGCAGUCGGACUUCCUGGACCUGCUGAGGCGCACCUUCCCUCAGCUGGCGACAAACGAUAAACCUCUGGACAUCUUAACGUCCGACAGGGGACGUAAGUUACGAUGUCUGAAGCUGAAGACGGUGACGCCGGAGGAGCUCCACAGAAACAUCAGCCGUGCAGGACGAGGGACGUCAACGCUUUUCAUCAGACCCAAGGCUCGAACAGAACCUGAGGCGAGCGAGGAAGAAAUUCAACCACUACGGAGGAAAGACGACGGCACCAGAGACUCGUCAUCCACCGCCGCCGUGUUGAUGUGUGAUGACGUUGCACCACAAACAAGCGGUCGUGUUCAGGAGGCAGACGUUGUAUCCGGCGGUUCAACGUUACAACAGCAAGACCUUCGAACAGAGGAUGAGGACGACGAUGUUGACGAUGAGGAUGAUGACGAAGCUCAGGACGCUGUGUGCCGCCCUGCAGCUGAGAGUGAACGAGACGCUGAUGACGACGACGAUGAUGAUGAUGAAAUGGAAGAAGAGGGAGAACAGGUGAACGACAGCGAUGACGACUGGAAACCAGUAGAGGGCGACGAGGUGCUGAGGGACAGCGACGGCGAAACGCAGACGACAAAGAAACACAAGAUCGAUAGUUCUGGAGUCGAGACUGAAAACAGCGACGCCGCUCUCUCUUGUCACGUCUGCGGAGCUCUGCUCAAAUCAGACGCCUCCUUCGUGAAACACGCCUGGAGUCACGUGGAUGAUCCAGGAAGUGUUUGCGGCAUGUGUGGAGAGUGUUCAGAGACCGACGAGGCGCUGAAGCAUCAUCUACAAAGUCUCCACAAAACCGACGACUGUCACAUCUGUGGUGAAUCUUUCCUGAGCAAGCUCGGCCUUGACGAGCACGUGGCGGCCCACUCAGGGGAGACGCCGCACAGAUGUGAUGUGUGUGACGCUGCUUUUGCGUUGAAGGUGUCUCUAGAGAAUCAUCAGAAAUGCCACAAGGAGGCGAAGCUUCACAAAUGCUUCACCUGCCACAAAGUGUUCAAACUGAAGGAGCAGCUAAAAGCUCACCGCCGCACUCACGCCAACAAGAAGACGCACCUCUGCGGCGUCUGCGGCAAAUCCCUCAGCAACUACAGAUCGUUAUCUCGCCACAAAAUGACGCACUCCGCAGAACGACCUCACGGCUGUCAGGUCUGUGGCAGGAGCUUCAAACUCAUCGGGACGCUACGACAACAUGAGAAGAUUCACACGGACAGAGAGAGAUCGUACCUCUGCGACGUUUGCUGCAAAAUGUUCCUGACGAGCUUACAGCUGGAGAACCACAUGAGGACGCACACCAACGAGAAGCCGUACAACUGCGGCGAGUGCGGCAGGAGAUUCAGCACCAAGGGAUCGCUGACCGUUCACAUGCGGGUCCACACGGGCGAAACGCCGUACCGCUGCCCGGCCUGCGGCUGGGCCUUCAAACGCAAGACGAACCUGGACAACCACAUGACGGUGCACUCGGGCGUCAAAGCGUACGUCUGUGGCAUCUGUGGGAAAGGGUGCGCUCGCAAAACGCACUUGACUGUUCACAUGAGGACGCACAACGGUGAGCGACCUUACAAGUGCACGCUCUGCGACAAAGCGUUCACUCAGAGCCACUGUCUGAAAACACACAUGAAGAGCCACCUAGUGGCAGAAAGUGUGACGUAGAACAAACAAACUCUGUGUUUGUCUCGGUUCAUGAUGAUGAAAUGUAAACAGCUUGUUCGCUGCAUGUCUCUAAUAAAACCUUCAGAUUCUCA